AUUGGAGUCAGCAGCAUCACAUUCAGAUCAAUGCUGGACCAGUCAUGCCUCAUCAAGCGCCGAUCCCCUUGCCAGUCGGUCAAAACCUCCAACUUCAGCCUCAAGAUAUGGAUAUUAGUAGUACUACUCCGCCACCACCUCCACCACUUGUAGUGAGUCCUACCUUACCUACGCCAGAAACUGUUCCUGCUGCAGCCGGUGCGCCGAUAAGUACCCCUCAUGUAGUUCCACCUCCUGGUUCCACAACUACCCUACGACCACCUCCUCAAGGUAUUCGCGCCUGUGACUCUUUACUCCCCGUUCGUCCUGGGGCCGCUCCGUCACUCUACGGCUUUAAACAUCGCACUCCUUGCGCACAGAACCGUUUACUACUGAUGAAUUACGUGGACGUAGUAGAGCUAGACGAGCAGAAGGCAGCUUCUGAGCAGGAUACACCAUUUGGUUGGUGUGAAGAGAUGAUGCUCAACGCCCACUUCGAAUGGGCGUGGGACUUACUGGGUGGCCUGUUUGGAAUAGAUUUUUGUCCUCUUCUUAGAGAAGAAGCUGUAAUGGAACAGGAAUUGCAAGAACAAGAACCACAACCCAAACAGGAGCAACAGCUGCACCAGGGCCAACCGGCGGAGGCUUCUGGUCGCGAUUCGAGUUCAAAUUCUUCAUCCACGACCUUGUUGACAAGAAGACCAGCAGGAAAAAGAGAAUCCCUCACCCGCGUAAAACUAGCUUACAAUCUCCGGCUUCUGAC